AUGGCGCUUCUGAGACUACGGAGGAUGAGGUGUUUUGUCGUCUGGUCCUUCGCUUUCGUUGUAGCCGCCGUGUGCGCGCAAAGUCCCGGUGGUGUCCAUGACCCGAGCAAUAUGACUUUGGUGAAAGAAACAGUGGACAGACUUCUGAAAGGUUACGAUAUACGAUUGAGACCCGAUUUUGGAGGUGCUCCGGUUGGCGUAGGGAUGAAUAUUGACAUAGCCAGCAUAGACAUGGUAUCUGAAGUCAACAUGGACUACACGUUGACCAUGUACUUCCAGCAGGCGUGGAGGGACAAGCGACUGUCCUACUCCGAGAUCCCCCUGAACCUGACAUUGGACAAUCGAGUGGCUGAUCAGCUGUGGGUGCCGGACACAUACUUCCUCAAUGACAAGAAAUCCUUUGUGCACGGAGUGACAGUGAAGAACCGGAUGAUACGACUGCAUCCAGACGGAACGGUGUUGUACGGACUCAGAAUCACCACCACCGCUGCCUGUAUGAUGGACCUGAGGAGAUACCCCCUGGAUGAGCAGAACUGCACACUGGAGAUCGAAAGCUAUGGAUACACCACAGAUGACAUUGAGUUCUACUGGAGAGGAGGACACAACGCUGUGACCGGAGUCGACCGGAUCGAGCUGCCGCAAUUCUCCAUUGUUGACCACAAACUCAUCGCUAAGAAAGUGGUUUUCUCAACAGGAGCGUACCCUCGCCUGUCCCUGAGCUUCAAACUGAAGAGGAACAUCGGCUACUUCAUCUUGCAGACAUACAUGCCGUCUAUCCUGAUCACCAUUCUGUCCUGGGUCUCCUUCUGGAUCAACUACGACGCUUCAGCUGCCAGAGUGGCCUUAGGGUGCUGUGGCGAGGGCGGGGUGGGGUCCUUAGGGUGCUGUGGCAGGGCGGGUGAGGUCCUCAGGGUGCUGUGUGGAGCAGGGUGGGGUCCUUUGGGUGCUGUGGCGAGGGCGGGGUGGGGUCCUUAG